AACUGACAACCCUUUCUCCCUCUUCUUGUUUCUUGCUUCACAAACAAGAAAAUUUAAACUUAAUAAACACCAAACGCAAAGCAAAACAUAGCAUUGCAAAGCAAAGCAGGCUGUUUAUAUAUAUAUAUAUAUAUAUAAUUAGUACCAUUUUAGAUAGAGGGGGGAAGUGAGAAUUCGGAUAAUCGGGUCUAGAUCAGAGCAUAACCCAUGGAGGGUCAUAGGUUUCAGGUGGGAUGGGUGUUCUCCGUUUUCCCUCUCUGCUUCUUCUUAUUCUUCUUCCCUGCCCAUUGCUUCUACCUCCCUGGUGUUGCCCCUGAAGAUUUACAAAAGGGGGAUCCGUUGUAUGUAAAAGUGAAUAAGCUGACUUCAACUAAAACACAACUCCCAUUUUCCUACUAUUCCUUACCUUAUUGUCAGCCCGAGCGUAUAGUUGACAAUGCUGAGAAUCUUGGGGAAGUCCUUCGAGGCGAUCGAAUCGAAAACUCCCCUUAUGAGUUCAAAAUGAGAGAACCACGAAUGUGCAAUAUCGUAUGUCGUAAAGUUCUUGAUAAGAAAACUGCAAAGGCAUUCAAGGAGAAGAUCGAUGAUGAAUAUAGAGUUAACAUGAUUUUGGAUAACCUUCCGUUGGUUGUUCCUGUAAGAAGGUUCAACCAGGAAAAUGGUGUAGUGUAUCAGCAUGGAUUUCAUGUCGGUCUCAAAGGACGUUAUGCUGGUAGCAAGGAAGAAAAACAGUUUAUCAACAAUCACUUGACAUUUACAGUCAAAUAUCACAAGGAUCCACAUGCGGAUUCGGCUAGGAUUGUCGGAUUUGAGGUCAAACCAUUCAGUAUUAAACAUGAAUACAAGGGUGAGUGGAAUGAGAAGACCCGUCUGACAACCUGUGAUCCCCAGGCAAAACGUGCAGUUACUAGUUCCGAAUCUCCUCAGGAGGUUGAAGAAACAAGGGAAAUCAUAUUUACAUAUGAUGUCGAGCUCCAGGAAAGUGAUGUAAAGUGGGCGUACCGAUGGGAUACCUAUCUUCUGAUGGCUGAUGAUCAGAUCCAUUGGUUCUCAAUCGUUAAUUCAUUGAUGAUUGUCCUUUUCCUCUCAGGAAUGGUGGCUAUGAUCAUGCUGCGAACUCUUUAUCGGGAUAUCUCCAAGUAUAACCAACUCGAAAUCCAAGAAGAAGCCCAAGAGGAGACAGGGUGGAAGUUGGUCCAUGGAGAUGUUUUUAGGGCUCCAGCAAACUCUGACAUGCUCUGUGUGUAUGUCGGAACCGGGGUUCAGUUUUUUGGUAUGAUUCUUGUUACCAUGAUCUUUGCUCUCCUAGGCUUCCUAUCACCCUCAAAUAGAGGUGGAUUAAUGACAGCCAUGCUUCUACUCUGGGUCUUCAUGGGCCUGUUUGCCGGAUACUCCUCAGUUCGUCUUUAUAAGCUGUUCAAGGGAACAGAAUGGAAGAAAAUUACACUCAAAACGGCUUUUAUGUUCCCUGCUACCGUCUUUUCCAUUUUCUUCGCCUUGAAUGCUCUGAUAUGGGGACAGAAAUCGUCUGGGGCGGUGCCAUUCGGAACCAUGAUUGCUCUGGUAUUGCUAUGGUUUGGUAUCUCAGUCCCCCUCGUUUUCAUAGGUAGUCAUAUCGGUUUUCAGAAGCCAACAGUUCAGGAUCCAGUGAAAACUAGUAAAAUCCCAAGGCAAAUCCCGGAACAGGCUUGGUACAUGAACCCAACAUUCUCCAUCUUAAUUGGGGGCAUACUUCCAUUCGGGGCUGUUUUCAUCGAGCUCUUUUUCAUCCUCACUUCGAUAUGGUUGCAUCAGUUUUAUUACAUAUUUGGCUUCCUCUUCAUUGUCUUUGUCAUCCUCAUUGUCACUUGCGCCGAGAUCACGAUUGUGCUCUGCUACUUCCAGCUAUGCAGCGAGGAUUACCGAUGGUGGUGGAGAUCCUACUUGACUUCAGGUUCUUCUGCUCUCUACUUAUUCCUCUACGCUGCCUUCUACUUCUUCACGAAACUCGACAUCACCAAGCCUGUAUCCGGAGUCUUGUACUUCGGGUACAUGUUGAUCGUGUCUUACUCAUUCUUCGUGCUGACGGGGACAAUCGGUUUCUAUGCAUGCUUCCGGUUCACGAGGCUCAUAUACUCAUCAGUGAAGAUUGAAUGAUCUAUUUUGAGGGGAAAUUGCAAAUUUGUUUCAUCAAAGGUAUUAUCCCAAACAGAAUCAGAAAUGCA